GCGGCUACUUUACACGCGAACUAACAUGUAGCUUAUAUGCAGAUGUCUCACGUUAUAGACCCGUGCUAGCUAGCACAGUAGCCGUAUACUCAUAUAUGAGCAGCAGCCCUGCCCGUUCCCGUAUGUGUUGGUGCUCCCUACCUGUUUAUAUUCCUGUGGCCUUGUUUCGAGCCAGACCGAAUGUUUCUAUCGAGCCCAAACACAGUCCCGAGGAUGCUGAUGCUGAUAACGACGGCGUUGAUGGCAUUCAUAUCUGCCGUCACAGCCCAAGAUUGCUAUUUCCCCGACGGAUCGCUCGAUGGUGACGCUAUCGUUGCAGACCAAAACAAUGUCACCAGCGGCGUCGGCAGCGCGUGCUGCCACCAGGGCGACACAUACGCAAACGGAACAUGUAUCGCACAGAGCGAGGCGAACAGCUUUCCUCCAAAAGUCAUAUACCGUCCCAGCUGCACAACCCAGCAAUGGGACACCCCCGGAUGUCCCACUGUCUGCAGAUCGAAUACCCCUUCCAACACAACAUGGCUGCUGCCCUGCCGCAACGCCGACGGCUCUGCAUGCUGCUACACCGACACCUCAGCCCCUAGCUGCAACUGCUUCGGCGCCGGCUUCGGCCCGCCCUCCUUCCUGUCUAAUUUCGCCUCGUUCGCCGGCGGGCCGCCUGCGAGUGCUACGGCUUCCCCGGCUUCGGCAGUGAGUACACCUGGGAGCGUAGCUGCGAGUCCAACGGCAGACGCCGCGUCAGACGGAAGUGAGGCGGAAUCAGGGGACGGGUCGUCGGGCCGCACUGUCGGGCUUGCGGUCGGGUUGUCGCUGGGCAUUGUAUUGGCGAUUGCGGGCGUGCUGUUUGCGCUGUACUACCGGAGGAAUAUGGCAAAGAAGGCGGCAGCAGCGGAGGCGGCAGCAGCAGAGCCACAGGAGCUAGAGAGUGCGCGUGGUGGCGAAAAGGGGUUGGAAAAAUACGCAGAGCUGGACCCAGGGGCGGCGGCCGAAUUGCCGCCGUAUGGAGCGCAUUCUGGUGCUGGCCUUGGAAGGCCUGGCGGGGUUCAGGAGAUGGAAGCGAGCGCGGGACAGAGGUAUGAAUUAGAUGCGGGUGGGGUGAAGAAGGAAGGGGAAAUCGGGGUCGGUGAACUUGAGGGUGAAGGGAGGAAGGAUGCUGAGUGGGAAGAGGUCAAGGAUGGGAAGAGAUGA